CAGGGUCUGUGGGGCGAAUCGUGGGACGCCGAGUCCGCGUCCCCGACCAAACACGAGCAUUCGUGAACAUCUGAACAGUCCACUCGCUUAGCCGAAUCUGUGUAGUUCCCCCAUCGGGACGCCUUCUCUUGCGUUUGAAUUGAGGUGAAAUGGUAAUGAUUGAUCGCGGUAGGCUCGUUGACUUCAGGGCAUCCCUUCAUCAUGUAUAAAACGCGACCAUCGCCUGCUGGUCGGGCCCUCCGUCGCUUCACACCCCGCUAUACUUUCGGCAUGGCAGGCGCACCCGCACUCACAAUCGACAUCGAUGUCAAUGGGCCCGCCGCAUCCUACUUUCACAGAGCGCGGCCCUCCAUCUCAUCGACGGCCAGCUCCCGGCCUGGUUCAUCUAGCAGCGUGGCCACUAUCUCAUCACUGGCCUCCCAAGCGUCUGACGGCUCCGGACCGUCUCGCCCCCGUCGCUUGCCGCCGUCCCCGGCGGACAGUGCACGCCGCGUGCGCCCCCUUCCUUCUCUCCCAGCGACGUCACCAACUUGCCCGUGCUCUUCCCCCUCAUACCUCGACGUCACACCUCAGCCGGCGCCGCCUAGGCCGCGCUCCCUUCGCCCGCUACCAUCGCUCCCGGAGUUAUCUGUGACUCGGCCUCCAACGCCCGCACCGACACGCUCCGCGUCCGACGAUGGCUACGGAGUGCAGGUGUCCAGCGGGGAGAUGACCAUGCUCAGCGUGGACACAAGCUCAUUACGUCUCGCGCCUCUGUCUCCAGAGUCCGACGAGACCAGCCCCAUCUCGCCAUACAUCCCCGAGCCGCCAACACCAGCCACCGCACACAGGCGGCGCAUGUCAAAACUACGUCGCCAUCUCGGUGAACGCCCGCCAUCGAUACUGGUUCCCGCCGUCCCUCCUCUCCCACCUCUUCCCGAGAAGGCACACAUCCUCGGGGCGCUCUCUAACGUGCGCGAUCCCGUGUCGCUCGCGGACGCCAUCGACACCGCGCACCGUGUACUGGAGAUCGAGUUCGACAGUACGAGCGAUGACGAGUACACUGAGUCCGACGCCGAAGACGACACUCUCAAGCCCAUCGCUUGUGCAGAGGAGCCUGCCGACGCUGUGACCCAGCGAUUCGGUACCCCUCCCCGCCCGCCCCACAAGUACAGCAAGAAGUGGUUGCGGGAGAGACGCGGUCGCCAGCGGGAGACAUUGCCGUACCAGGAGGUCCUCAACGCACUGCGCGUGCUAUAAUCGCUGCAUGCUCGACGCUAGUGAUGGACUGGUAUUUCACUGACGUGGCCAUUUCCCUGUCGCGGGCUUUCCCUGUUGCUGGCUUUUUCCCUUUCGCAGGCCUUUUACUCACACGAUACUUACUCGUCUGCCAUCGCCAUUGUUCUCGACCUGCUUGUUCUCUACAGCACACCGGAAUAAUUCCAGACACCCAUCCGCCUAAUACGCAACGAUCACUUAUCUAUUCACUCCUUCUACCCUUUCUUCAUACUCUCGACUCUCUUUCCCCUAAUUAUGUCGAGGACUAAGCUAAGUUCACAACUGUACCAUAUGUGCCACUUGUAGCUAGAGGUUUACUAGAAUGCAUGUCGAGGGGAAGCGAAUGAAGUUGUCUUGGAAGCAGA